ACUAGCAAAAGAAAAGAAAUAAAAGAAUUUUUUUGUUGCACAUGCAAAUAAAAUAAUUAAGUGUUUGUGCAAGCGCUAACAAUUUGUAUAAUACAGAUUUCCAUACUAGUGCGUGUGCGGGUGGCGCAAGCAGGGAGCAACAGUGUUAAUUAGAUCAGCAGCCGACGCGACAAAAGCGUAGUGGAAAAAUUGCCUACAGAAUUCGUCGUGUCAUUAAGAAAGAAAAAAAAAGUGCCGCGGCAAGUGAAACUAAAACGCGUAUUAUUCAUUGGCAGUAGCCGCCAGUCGCUCUGUCAAAAGGCCGCCCGCACGCAUAAAACAUGAAAGAUUUGCUACAGAACUGAAUUACGAUUGCCUGACCAUUAAAGUAAAAACUUCAAUGUUUGGCGUUAGUAGUGUUCAUGUGCUGUGCAUAUCCUGAGUUACGUUCAGAAACGCCAAAACCAAUUCAAUUGCACCGACAGUCGUCAGAGUUGUCAACUGCGUUGCAAGUGUAGCGCAGUCGUUCCAAUUAUGGCGCAGCAAACGCAGCCGGUUGCCCAGCAGCAGCAACAGCAGCAACAGCAACAGCAGCAACAGCAACAGCAGCAACAACCGCCGCCAGCAGCGACGCCAGUGUCGACACCAACGACGCCACAGCCGCCGCCCAUUAACAAUACCAACAACAGCAUUGUCUCACCAUCCAACAACAACGGUAGCACUCUGACUUCUGUGCCCGUCUACAAUCAACAGCCACAAACUCUGCAUAUGCCAGCUGCAUAUGGAGCGCAUCAUCCACACAUGUCGCAAGGCGCACACGGUCCUGUGUUCCAUCAUUCUGCGAUGAUACCAGCGCCCAUACCCAACAAUGUUUUUGUGAACAAUGUGACCGCCAAUGUGAAUCUCCAUGGCUGGCCACACACCUAUAUGCCAGGGGGCGGAGCUCCACCCCAUUAUGUGAGUGCACAUGGCGAGCUGCCACCGGAGCAGGGCAAUCCGUUAAUGCAACAGCUACCGCCAAUCCCGCUCCACCAGAUUAAUCCGAAUGGGCACAUUCCGUCCGGUAUGGGUGGACGCGGUCGUGGACGUGGCCGUGGACGCGGCGGUGGUGGACAACGUCGCAAUGAUUAUCACGGACAGCGGCACAUGCAACAGCAACUGCAGUUGCAACCCCCACAGCAACAGCUACCACCAGAGAGCGCAAGCCCCGCGCCAAGCGCCAUGCAAUUGCAGCCGGAUCAGAUGGGUCAGCAAUUGGCACCACCACCGUCGGCAGAGGCACAGUUGCAGCCAAUGUCCUACUAUGCGCCGCAGCCGUACGCUGCAUAUGGCGGAUAUCAGGCCGCAUACUUUGCGCCGCAUCAUGGCCCAAUACAAGCUCCGCCAAAUGCAGCAGCUGCUGCACAUCAGGCCACGGGCACGCCUCUGUAUUUUUCACAUAUGCCACUGUACAAUGGAGCACAGAUGUACAACUACAUGGGCGGCUAUUUCUAUCAGCAAGUGUUGCCCCAGUCCGAGUAUCAAUACGUGUCCGACGACGGUGGCCAAGCCCAGGGCGCCGUUGUUGAUGAGCGGCAGGCGCAGUUGUGGCAUCCAGCACAUAUGUAUGCCGAAGAUUAUCCGGAAGUGGCGCAAGCGAAUGGCGAUGAACUCAACCACAAUAGUUCCUCGCUGGCCUCCUCCGAAACGUCCAGCAUGUUGAGUCCCAACUAUCCCAUUUACGAUACCCAGCAAAUACACGAGAUCCAGCAGCAAAUGGGUGUUAUGCAGAUCUACGAUGAUGGUCAGCUCGCGCCCCUACAAGCAAUGCAUCCAGUAGCCGGUCCAGUGCCACAGUAUGAUGAUGAACUGUCGGACUGUGGAGCUGCGCCCGUUGGUGCCAUACCUGUCGCUUGGACACUGCCUGAUGCUCAGCCGCCGACAAUGCUGGUACAGGCAGCCCCUCCACAUCAUAUCAUUCAACCGCAGCCGCAGCCAACAAUUUGUAUCGAACAGCAUCAGCAGCAACAGCUGCCAGCUCAUCCUCCUCAAACGGAAACACCCACCCCACAAGUCCCACAGGAAGCAUUGGUUGAUAAAUCGCUGCUCACCAACAACAAUAAUAAUAACAACAACAUCAGCAGCUCCAACGAGGCGGCUUUGGAUGAGACACUGAUUGCCAACAGCGAGAAGCAGCAGCAGCAAUUUGAGCUUGAAUAUCAACAGCAACAGCAGCAACUGCAGCAACUUGAUAAACGUCAACAGCCAGCCAAUUUGGUAGUAUCCAUUGCCACUGUAGCGCCCCAACUGCAGGUGCAGCAGCAACAGCAGCAAGCUGCAGCGCCACCGCAGCAACAUCAGCAGCAACAAACUUCGCCAGUUGUGCCCCAGCAGCAACAGCAGCAGCAGCAGCCGCCGCCGCCGCCGCCGGUGCAACAACAACAGCAACAAACACAGCCAGCACACACGCCCAGUCUCAGUGAGCAACAUGCACAGCAGCAACACGCCCAUCAGCAUCAGCAACAACAGCAGCAGCAGCAGCAGCCGCCUCAGCAGCAACAGCGCAAGCCACCUCAGCAGCAAUACAACAACAACUCACAACAGCAAGUGCGUCGCAAAUACUCCUCGGAGUACAAUCAUCAACAGCAACAGCAACAUCAUCAUCACCAUCAGGGCAGCAGCGACACUGCCAUACAAACCACCAAGACAAUGUCGUGGACAAACUCCGCACAGCACAAGAAGUCCACGCAGUCGGUGGCGGUCACUGCCUCGCCAAAUACUGUAAACAACGGCGCUAAUGUUGCUGCUGCUGCUGCCAGUGGUGCUGCAGCUGCACCACCAAGUGUUGGCGGCGGCUUCAAUAAGCAGUCAACCGGUGUUAAUGCUGGCAUCUACAGUCAUCCUACUAAAACCUACACCAAUCAGCAGCACUAUCAGCAACAGCAGCAGCACUACCAAACCAGCCACAACAACAGCAACAGUGGCAGCAGCAAUAAUAACAGUAACAACAACAACAACAACAGUAACAACAACAACAACAGUAACAACAACAACAGUAACAACAACAACAACAACAACAAUAAUAAUCAGCCACAAAUGCGCACAUAUGGCACUAUGAAAGUGCCCUCCUCGCCUGUGGCAAGCACAGCUCCGCCGCUGGAGCGCAAAAUCAGUGGCCAGCAACAGCAGCAGCUAAGCAGCAACAAUGCGGCAACAACAACAGCAACUACCUCAACGGCAAGCAUAACAGCAACGCCUCAUCAGUUUCAACAACAGAUGUCCACUGAAAGUCAGUCAAAUAGCACAAACAAUGCAUCUGUGCUGUCUCAGCAGCAGCAACAACAGCAGCAGCAGCAACAGCAGCAACAUGGUCAUAACCAAUACGCUCCAGCUGCCAAAUCCUAUGUGAACUAUGGAGCCAAGAACAAGUACGGCACACAAAACUUCAGUGCAGAUACAUCCUUCAGCGCAGCUGCAGCUCCUGUGUCUGUGCAGCCGGCGCUUAAUUUGGCGCCACCAGCGCCGCCUGCCUCGCAGAACAACACCAGCGCAGACAGCGGACAACCAUCGUGGGCCAGUCUGUUUUCCAACAAGAAGCCUGUGGCCAAAGUGGCGCCCUAUGAUGGUAACAAGGCACAGCAGCAACCACAUCAGCAGCAGAUGCAGCAGCAACCACAUCAGCAGCAUCUGCAGCAGCAACAGCAGCAGCAACAGCAGCAGCAACAGCAACAGCAGCUGCAGCAGCAACAUCAUCCGCAGCAGCAGCAGCAACAACAGCAGCCGCAGUUGCAACUGGCGCCACCACAGCAACAACCACAGCAAUUGCCUGCCCAGCAACAUCAGCAACAGUCACAGCAGCAACUGCCAUUAACACCGCCAACACAGAGCCUGCCCAGCGUGCAUCAUCAUCAAUUGCAAUCACCAACGCCAGUGCCAGCGCCAACUGUGCCGCUUAUCACACCCGGCACACUCUCGUAUUCGGCGGCUUCGGCACAGGCAGUGCCCGCCGUGGCUGCUCCCGCCUCUGCAGCUGUCAAGCCGCUGAAAGCGGAGCCGAUGCGUGCCGCUCAACUAGAUGAGUGGACAAACAAAUAUGCUGAAUUUCUGACACGUCAAAAAACUAAUCUGGCGCCCGUCAGUCUGCGGCCGCGUGGUCUGACUAAUCGUUCCAAUUAUUGCUAUAUCAACUCCAUACUUCAGGCGCUGCUUGGCUGUUCGCCUUUCUAUAAUCUGAUGCGUUCCAUACCCAAGCAGGCGGCGGUGCUGAGCGAGGUCAAGACACCCACCGUGAAUGCCAUGAUGUCAUUUAUGAGCAACUUUUCAUCACUGCCUGGCGGUACCCGCUUGCGUUUGAAUAACAACAAAGCUGCCCAGAUUAAGGGCAAGGAUGAGUUUGCUGGCGUUGAUUUGCAGUGCGAUCUUGCCUUUGAGCCCACUGAAAUAUACAAACUGUGGAAUGACAGUCGUGAGGAGCACGUGGAAGGCAGACAAGAGGAUGCCGAAGAGUUUUUGGGCUAUGUGCUCAACAAGCUCAACGACGAGAUGCUCGAGGUUAUCAAGUUGAUUGCAAAGCCAAAUGCCCAACAAAAUGGCGAGGAACAGGAACAAGAUACCGAGGAUGGCGGAGAUGUUUGGCAGAUGAUUUGCAAUAAUCGCAACAAGGGCAGCGUUACUCGCCAGACGGACUUUGGACGUACCCCGCUCAGCGACAUCUUUCGUGGAGAACUGCGUUCCCGACUUCAGCGCGAAGGCGAACACUCUACGGAUGUUAUACAGCCGUUCUUUACACUGCAACUAAACAUUGAGAAAGCCGCUUCAGUGAAGGAGGCUCUUGAGAUACUCGUUGGUCGUGAUCAGCUGGAGGGCGUCACUGGUAGCAAGACCAAACAGGAGGUGGUCGCCUGGCAGCAAAUGACGUUGGAAAAGUUGCCCAUCGUUUUGAUAUUGCAUUUAAAAUACUUUGACUAUAGGUCCGAUGGCUGCACAAAGAUAUUGAAAAAGGUUGAGUUCCCAGUGGAACUCAAAAUCGAUGCCAAGAUACUUGGAUCGAAGAAGACAUCGCAAAAGCAGCGCGCCUACCGUUUGUUCGCUGUGGUCUAUCACGACGGCAAAGAAGCCUCCAAGGGUCAUUAUAUAACGGAUGUGUUUCAUACCGGCUACAAUAGCUGGCUGCGCUACGAUGAUAGUUCAGUGAAGCCGAUCGGCGAGAAGCAAGUGCUGCAGCCGCACACGCCGCGUGUGCCUUAUCUACUCUACUAUCGCCGUUUCGAUACCCUGCCACAGAUGCAGACGAGCAAUGGCGCCGGCGCUGGAAGCACAGUAGGAGCCACCAAUGCCCAUGCCUCGGCCAGUGCCGCAUCUACCACAUCAGCUGCAAACUCAGCGAAUAAUAAAUGAAACUAAGUUGUCAAAAUAAUGGCAUACCCAGCCUAAGGGCAUGCCAGAGUUUGAUUUUUUAUGCAUAUACAAUUUGAACGGUUAUAUUAUAUAUUUAAAUGCCUAUGUUUAAGCCCAAAGUCCAAAGCGCAUGUACGUGUGAAUGGUAGUUGUAUUUGUGUGGUGAAUGCGUGUGUGUCUAAGUGUGUCUAAGUUUAAUAAAUACAAAAAAACUCCUAGUUGGUAAGCUUUAGCCGUAGCCCUAAGUUGAUAACAGUUUAGUUGUGCAAGAAAGCAAACAAACCAACAAUUCGUUGAAACGAAAUCUUUGUACAAAAUUAGCGCAUGGUAUGGCUAAACUAAACAGCGAGCAAAUUAUCAUAUACAUAUACUAUAUAAGUAAGUUUCAUAAAUUUGAGCCAGCCAAUAUUUGUAAAUCCCAUUUGGCGCCUCAACCUAUUCAAAAUGGCACAAAGAAGCAGAAGCGUGCAUAUAAUAGAUAGUUGUAGACCUCUUCGAUAUGACAAACAUUUAGAGCUCUAUAUGUACAUACGUAGCAUACAUAUAUGAUACAUAUAUAACUAAAAUUGUAGAGUUUAAUUUUCUUUGUAAUUGUUUAUAGCAUGCAUUUAGGCGCCAGAGCAAACAAUCUGCCUUGCAUCCAGUUAAAACCACAAUAUAUAUUGAAAUGCUUUGAAUAUGCUUUAAAGGAAAAACAAAUCUAUCUUUUGUAUACAAUACAAGACAUGCAAACACAUGAAUACAUAGCAUUAUUUUGUGUAUAAGUCGAAAUAAGUGAACCACAGAAACGAGAAAAAAGGAAAUUAGCGCGAUUAUUUUAUAAUUUAUAUAGUUUGUUGCUUAGUUAGAUCCCAAAUUCAUUUUAAAUUCAUAUAAUUAUAUAUAUAUAUAAAUAUACUUUUAUGAAAACUGUUUGCACCAAUUAUGAUAUUUUAUUGUCUGUUGCGACAAAUCGUGGAAUUGGCUUACAUAUAGUUAAAAAUAUAAUUUUUAUUUAUAAGAAAUGCUAAGAGUUAUGUCAACUACAUUGUCAACUUUCAUGUUUCGUUAACAAUUACAACUAAUCAAGAAUUCUAGUUGCAUAUGGAGUUAAUAUAAAUUAGCUGGCAAACAUAUACAUACACAUGCAUAUAUUAUUUUCUAAUUCAUAUACCAUACAUAUACUAUAAAUAACGUGCCAAUGUUAAAAUUCGAUAAAAUUACAUCAAAAAAAGAAAGCAUGAAAGAAGUUAGUGUCCAAAACAAUAACUUUUUGAUACUUUUGUGUAGUCAGUGACUUCUCAAAGGGAUAUUGUUAAAAUUAUUUACAACUAGUUACAAACUUUUGUUGAAUUAAGUUUUAUAUUUGAUAAUCGAUGUCUAUAUAUACAAACGAGAAAAAUCUAUGAAAAAGCAAGGAAAUGCGCUGAUUUACGAUUGUUAGGACUAUAAUGUAAUCAUAGGCAAAUCCGCACCUAAAAGUUACACACUUAGUUUGUCUUAUAUAAAGAAACAGUUUCAGAAAAACAAGAGGAAGAUUAAAAAUUUUAUGAAUUUACAUUUGGCGCAAAAUCUUUUUUAUUGAUUUCUUUUUAAAAUUACGAAUGAUGUUUAUUUGAAACUUCUCGAAACUCAAGUAAAUGCCAGCGCAAUUCGAUCGUAAAAAUAGCAAGAAACCUUUAAAUAUUAUAAUAUGGAUAUAAUGUUAUGCAUUGUCAUACAUAUAUGUAUAUAUAUAUCUAUAUUACAAUAUAUAUGUAAAUUAAGAAACAUAUAUUUUGAUGUUAAACAUAUAUGAAUUAAUUGUAAGCCAAAUUAUAGCAAAACAUUUUUUUCUAUAGAAAUUUUACAGCGUCUGCGCUUUGCUAGUUACAAAUAGGUUCCUAAAAAUACGAGGAAUAUUACAAAAAAAUUAUAUAUAUAUAUAUAAAAACUAAACUGACAUAUAUGAAAAGCAAAACAAAAACUAAGAAGCAUGAUAAAGUAACGGUAAACAAAAGCAACAACAAUAAUAUUAGGACUUGUAGUUUAAAGCCAAGCUAACAACAUAUUAAACGUAAACAAAAUUAUACAUACACAUACAUACAUAUAUAUAUAAAUUAAAUUUAUACUAAAAAAAAGAGAAAAAAAAAUACAAAAAAAAAACUAAUGUCAAAGCGAUGGAAAUUUAGUGGAAAUUUUCACUUUACAUAUAUUUUUUCAAGCGAAAUUAAAAUGUUUAACAUACAUCGCGUAUAUAAAAAGCAACCGAAACUAAAGACGUAAUAGUUAUAUAUUUUUGUCAAGCAUUUGUUUUUUUUUUUUUAUAUAUUAAUGGUAUACUCCAGAAACCCAAUUGUAAAUUCACAUCAAAUAUUACAUUUGAUUGUAUUAAAUUAGUUUUCAAAUUUUUCAUACCUUUAUAUUUUUUUUAAAAUUGUGUUUUAUGCGAAUUUUGUUGCCUUUUCUUUUAAUAUGGCUUUUGGCGCUACGGCAAAUUUGAUUGCCCUCAUAUAUGUUUUAGUUAUUAAGUAGUUUCUAAGGCUGUGUGACUAACUAAAUACAAAUUAAUCAUUGUUUAAGCCGAAUCAUCAUGGAAAGAAUCAUUGUGUUGACAUUGCCUGACAAUUUUUGUUUACCUUUGUUUUCCAGUUAUUGAGAUAAAUGUUGUGACCCUAGAAGGAAUGAAAGUAAAAUAAACGAGAAUUGGCAAGUGCACUUACUAAACGUAUAAUCGAAAAUACGAUAAACAAAUAAGAUAUACAUACAAGAAAAUAAACAAAACAACAUUAAGUGAAUAGUAAGCUAAAAAUAAAAAAUAAACGGCAUGCAAACCUAACGUUAAAGUUAAAGUUAAAUGUUUUGUAAUAAUUUUCUAAUACGAAGAAGAAAAACACGAAGCAAUUUUGAAUAUACAAACUUCAACACAAAUACAAAUAGAAAUAGAAAACAAAAAAAAAACGAAACGAAUAUUAAGACAUUCAAAGACGUUAACCAAGCGAAA